GCUGGAAGAUGGCGGACGAGGUCGGCAGUAGGCAGCCGGGCUCCGGCUCCGACUUGGAGGGGUCGACGCCCACUAAUCCCAGUCGGGGUCCGCGGCUCGUGAAGAUCAUCAAGUCGGAGACGGGUUACGGCUUUAAUGUGCGGGGCCAGGUGAGCGAAGGCGGCCAGCUGAGGAGCAUCAACGGGGAGCUGUACGCGCCGCUCCAGCACGUCAGCGCCGUGUUACCUGGCGGAGCGGCCGAGCGGGCCGGGGUCCGCAAAGGAGAUCGCAUUCUCGAAGUAAAUGGCGUUAAUGUUGAGGGAGCAACACACAAACAAGUUGUAGACCUGAUUCGGGCGGGAGAUCGGGAGCUGAUUCUGACGGUGCUGUCUGUUCCACAACAAGAAGCUGAUCGGCUUGACCCUGGUGAUGAUUCAUCUGGGAACAUCUACUAUGACUACAGUGAGAAGCGGGCAGUGCCAAUCUCUAUCCCUGGCUACAAACACGUUGAACGGAAUGGGGAGAAGUUUGUGGUGUUCAAUAUUUACAUGGCUGGACGCCAGCUCUGCUCACGGCGCUUCCGAGAGUUCACAAUCCUUCACCAGAAUCUGAAGAGGGAAUUUUCUGACUUCCAUUUCCCAAAACUCCCACGGAAGUGGCCAUUUUCACUCUCGGAACAGCAGUUGGAUGCCAGGCGGAGAGGCCUGGAAGAGUACCUUGAGAAAGUAUGUUCAGUAAGCGUCCUUGGAGAGAGUGAUGUGAUGCAGGAGUUCCUGGCUGAUUCCAGUGAGAGUACAAAUGGGCUAUCAGAUGUGGAUCUGAGGAUAGCUUUGCCUGACAGAAACAUCAUCACAGUCACUGUAAAAAAGAACAGCACUGCAGAGGAGGUCUACAGGGCUGCACAAGAGCACUUACGAAUGGAUGGUAUUACAGCAAGUUUCUUUACGCUCUUUGAAGUUGUGGAUCACUUUUUUGAGCGGAAGCUAGUUCCCAAUGAGUUUCCACACAAACUGUACAUACAGAACUACACAUCAGCAGCGGCUGGGACAUGUCUGGUCAUAAGGAAGUGGCUCUUCACUAUGGCCCAAGAAGAACUUUUGAAUGACAACGACCUUGCAGUAACCUACUUCUUCCACCAGGCUGUGGAGGACGUAAAGAAAGGACGGAUUCGAGUUGGUGAUAAGUCAUACCAGCUUCAGAAACUGUCGGAGCAGCACAAAAAAGUCAUGUACCUGAACAUGAUUCGGACUUGUGAAGGCUACAAUCAGAUAGUUUUUCCACACUGCCGAUGUGACUCUCGAAGGAAGGGCCACGUGAUGGCAGCAAUUAGCAUUCAGCACUUUAAACUGCAUGCCUGCACAGAGGAUGGACAGCUGGAGAACCAGGUAAUCAUGUUUGAAUGGGAUGAGAUGCACCAGUGGGACACAGAUGAAGAGGGAAUGGCAUUCUGCUUUGAGUAUAUCCGUGGUGAAAAGAAACCUCGCUGGGUGAAAAUCUUCACUCCUUAUUUUAACUACAUGCACGAGUGUUUUGAGCGUGUUCUGUGUGAGCUGAGAUGGAGGAAAGAGAUGGAAGAAGUUGGCAAUGAUGAAGACAAUAGGAAUAGCACCAACCACAUGAAUAUUUUUCAUGCAGCAGCAACAAGAAGUACUGGAGGCUCACUGUCGUGAGGGAAGACCUCAUUCUCUGUAGCAUCUCAGCACCUUAGCAUGAAAACUGAAGCAAUUGGACCUUUUGACAUUGGGGCAAUGGGGAGGCUUGGAACAGCUGAAACCUUUCCUCAGUGUAGCUGUGACAUCAAAACAGUCUUCAAGUAGUCCAUUCCUCAUUUCAUCACAUCUCUCACUGUUGUAAUGUUGCCACUCGUAGCUGCCUCUACGCGAUCAAGGAGUAACAUGUUUAUUGGACAGUGCAGGAUGCUCGGAAAUAACCUUCCCUAUCUGAAGGAAUGAUAUUAGUCCAUGGUUGAUUGAGUACGAGAGGCUAGAGCUUGCCUGCCCUGAAUUGUUAGCUGGGACUUGUGGGUGAGGGAUUGAACACUAUUAUCUUAGCCAGGAUCUCCAUUCCCGACCUAAUGAAUAGACAACCCACGCAAACAGUAAUAGUUAAUUGCUGAGUAUUAAAGAGACAAGAUCCCUUCUUUUUGUUCAGGGAAUCUCAGACUCCAAACUAACUGGAUAUUGUUGGAACAUAUUCUCAGCACUGAACCAGUGUCAGUUCAUUUCAACUGUUUUUCCACACCUGAAAAUCGAGCUACGUAGUGUGUGUAUAUAUAUGCUCAUUUGCUUCAAACCUGCCAAUGGGAUAUUAAAGAGCUUCUUGCUGUGUGAUGUCUGGCAUACAGCAUGUACAGUAUUGUCAAUCAGUGGCAUAUAAUAGGAGGGAAAGUGUAAGAACCUUGGUGGAAGGCUGAUUCUCCCUUAAACUUACAGGAAAAAAACUUCUUGUGCUGUGUUGAAAAUUGAAAGGGAUAUUUUGUAUUAGUAGCUAUGAUGCUAUGUUAAAGACAGUGCAAACACACAUUUAAAAGUUAUAACAGGGCUGUUGCAUUUUUGGGUUUUCUUGAGUAGGGAGUGCUAAGUAUUAUGCCAUCCAGUGACUCAUUGCUACUGAUUUCUCCAAAGCUGCGUAGGAAAUACCAUCUUUUAUUUUUGUGUUAUGAUAGUGAAAUGAACUGACAAGGAAUGUGAAAUGUUGAAACCUUAAGUGCUCGAUAGGCUGGAUUUGUAUUUAAUCUUAUACAUUCAUUGUGGUUUUUUACCACAUCCUUUGGGAACUGGUUCAGGCCAAUCGCUUGAACUGUACAUGGUAUAUAUACACUACUUGGGGAAAGUAUUUCCAAUAUGCUUUGUGUUGUGUGCUGUUUCUAAAAUGAACAGUUACGCAACCUUGAGAUACUGCUUAAUAUCACAACUAUUCAAACUCUUUUAUAGGCUAGGGCUAGUCAUCAGUGUUGGACAUUGUGAGGCUUGUAUUACUCCAGCAGUGAUGUUGAUCUGCACAAAGUUCAUCUUGUACUUCAGUAAGUGGGGAAUUUACUUGAAAGCGAGGAAUCUCUGGGUGCGACCACCUUUGAGAGAGUUUAUACUAAUUCCCUGGCUCCUGUUUUUUUUGUAUUGUGGCUUCCUCAAAGUUCAUCAACUGGGUAUGGAGUUGUGGAGAAACAAAAUAGGCCAGUGUGAGUGAAAGAAAAAGAGGCUGAUUAUGAGACAUUCAAAGCUUUCAAUCAGCAAAUCUCCUUUGAGGCUGCUCCCUAUGUAGCACUCCGACAGAGAUCAGUUUCAAAGUCAACAUCAGGCUUUCUGAUUGUGGAGCUUACAGCGAGUUCUGAGAAAUGUUGCACUAGGCUCUUUUUACAGAAAACUGGUAGAUUGUGUAUUUAUAUUAGGUUCAGCAUAUCCAGGCAAAAGCAUGAGGACACACUACUGCUUGUCAAAGGCUCAUGUGGAGGGAAGCGAUUGUUUUGUAUUAAAAAAAAAUCCUAGUCUUCGCAAAAUUACCAUGUAAUUUCUUGAAAGCAUCAGUGUUAAAGCUGCAAUGUAAUUAUUUAUAGAUCCGUAAUUAAAGGUGGCGACUGGUUUGUGUAACAUGCUGUCAUUGUAAUUGAGUUGAUUUACUUCUGUUGCCCUCAGCAAUGGAGUGGAUGGGGAGUUGAUCAACAAGAUCUCAUUUAUAAACUAUAAUAUACAGAUUGGGAUGUUGGGGAAAGUGUAGAAGUUAGGGUGGUUGGAAAAGUAACUUUGUUCUUUAAGACUUUAAAGUUUUUUUGUUUAAUGUUGAAAACCAGGUGUAAACCAAGUAAACUGGAUGUUUCAUUUCCAAAUCGAGUUCGUUACUAAUCUGUGGUCAUCCUCCUUUACUGGGGAGGAUCAAGGGAAGGGCAGAAGCUGGAAUUAUUUUGGAGAUGUUAUGAGCUCUCAAGUACCCAAGGUCUACAACAGAAGUUUAAAUUGAGUUGCUUAUCAGUUGCAACCUUGAUUAUAAAUAGGGGAGGAUGAUGGUGUAGUAAUGAUGUUGCUGGAUUAGUAAUCCAGAGACUAUUCUUGCUUUUGGGGACAAGGGUUUACACUCCAUAGCAACAUUGAACUUGAAUUCAAUUGACGUAAAUCUGGAAUUUAAAAACCGUCUCAGUAAUGGUGACAAUGAAACUAACUUCAAUUGUUGUAGAAACAUCUGUUUCACUAAUACCCUUUAAGCAAAGAAAUCUGUCAUCCUUACUUAAUUUGGUCUACCUGUGACUGCAGACCUAUAUCAAUCUGGUUGAUUCUUCUCUCUAUUCUGCAAUGGCUCAUCAAGCAACUCAAUCCAAGGUCAAUUGGGAAUAGGUAACAAAUUACCAGCAUCCCAUACAAAAAUAGUGAAGAACUACUCUACAGCAGAAUAUUUCUGACUGACCAGCUGAAAUAAUUCAUUGAUGGGCCCUUGAAUGUUAAACUAGGAUUGAUUAAUUUUAGAUUUACACCUUUAUUUCCAUAAUUACCUUUAUUUCAGAAAUUCAGUUUUUCUUCUAAUCAGAAUGUUGAGAUACUUCAGUGAUUUGUGUUGACGAAUGAACCCAAUUGGAUUUGUCUGUAGGUCAGAUGCUCUGUGAAAUCUAAAAUAGGCCAGUGUGAAGAUAAUUCUUAAAUAGAAUCACCUGGGUUCAAUUAUUUUGUGGUUCAUUUGCUGUCAUCUUGCAUGUCCCCGAGGGUUGGGGAGGGCAUGAGCAAUUCUUGGGACUGCAGCAGUACUAGGGCUCACUGAAAGAUUGCACAAACUUGUUUUUUUCAUUAUAUGGAAGCCAGUUAAAAAAAUCGUCUACCCAUUUCUUUAAGUGGUCAGUGCAUUGUAACUUUGGACUGUGUCCAUUCCAUUGUCUGUUGGUUCAUUGAACCGGUCAUUUUCUAAUCACUGCCAUUUAUCAUUUUAAUCAAUGAGCAGCCUGGAGGAGUAGUAUCUGUCAUUUGCAGUAAUGUAAUGUCUUUAAAAUUCUUCUAAAUAAAUGGAAAAGUGUGCAUUUCUGCCAUUUACCAACCAAAAACAAUUCUUCAGUGUGGCUUUGGCAUAGUAGCUGAUGGUUUGGGGAAGCAAUUUAUAGUUCUAAAUGAACAAUUAUGUAACUUCUAGGUAUUGUUUAAUAAUACAGCUAUUCAAAUGCUUAUAGGCUAGUUGCUGAUUAUCAGUGGACAUUUGUGAGGCUGUUGUUAUAUUCUUAAUAGUGAUAAGGCGCACAUCAACAUUCAAAAAUUAGAAAGGUAAAUAACUCUACAUGAUUAUUUACAUACUUAAGACUCGAUUUGUUUUUUGGUCGGUGAAAAAGACAAAUAACUCAUCAUAUUUGGUAAAUAGUGGCUGGUCAUGUGUGUUGGAUGCCAGGACAGUUUGGGACAUUCCAAUAUGAAGAUCUUCAACUGUCAAGUUCUCUCAUGUUUAACAUCAUGUUUGUUCUCACAUUGUGGUACCAUGCACCAGCUUCUUCACAGUGCUGCAAUCAUUUGUUAUACUUGACACAAAAUGGUAAUGGUUAUAGUGUCUCAGUAAGUCUUCUGUCAUCAGUUGGGAAGUCAUUCAAAAGCUGUUAGUAUAACAGUGCAAGAUGAUGUGAACCUAAGAAGUCUUACUCCUGAGUAGCUGAAAAAUAUAGGAGUAAGUCGUUGGAGUGAAAAGAAUUUUGGGCUCAAAGAUUAAAAGUUCUGAAAAUAAAUUUGACCCAUUGAUUUGGUUCAUUUGAGUCUCGGUAUUUCCCCUUGAAACCUUGUGAAGAAUUGUACAGAUGAGACUCCUGAUUUUGCUCAUUUUUAAAGCUAAUCAAAAUUUUGAUCCUACUUUAUUCAAAAUUUUUCAAGGUAAUCUGUACAUUUAGAUUAAAUAUCUUCAGGUGAAGAAAUUCCACAGUUCCUGUUAAUUAUCUAUCUUUGAGAUACCCAAUGUGUCGUCGUAUUUUUGAGUGUCAUUGGACUUUUACCAGUUUAGGCAGCUUUCUGUAGCAGAGAAUUUCACAGGUGCACCACUUUCUAAGUGAAGAAAUUUCUCUUCUCUUAAUUCAAAUGGCUUAUCCAAUAUCCUUAGAUAGUGAACCAUGGUCCUGAACACCCUGGUCUUCAGAAUUAUCCUUCCUGCGUUUGCCCUGUCUAGGCCUGUUUUAGAUUCUGAGAUUCCCCCCUCAUUCUUCUAAACUCCAGUGAAUACAUUCCUAACUAAUCCAGGUUGUAUUUAGUCCUGACAAACUUGGUAAAUAUUCAUUGCACUGUGUCCAAGUCGGAACAUCCUUACUACUCUUGUAUUCAAUUCUGCUGACAUUCAACAAGCAUGACUUUCUUUUCGUAAAUCCAUGCUGACUGUGCUGCUAUUUUCCAAAUUCUCUGCUAUUACAUCUUUUAUGUAUCAGCAUGGAUAGUAGACUUGGUUAUUUACUACUCAUCAAUAUUGAUAAGUUAGAGAGAAUAGACUGUAACAUCUGACCAAAUUUGGUUAAUGACAAGAAUAGGAGGGAGGGCAUGUUACAAUGAGGACAUCGGGUAUCUGCAAAGAGAAGGAGAGGUUGAGUGAGUAGACAAAAACAUGCUGGAUUUUAAUCUAGGGAAGUAGGAAGCAUCAAAGGCAGACCAUUACUUAAAUGGAAAGACUCCAAAAAAGUACAACAUGGAGGGAUGAUGGGAGUUUGGUUUUGUCUAUGUAACAAGAAUUGGGAUGUUUUAUUAUAAUUGUGCAAGAUGUUGGAGGAGUUGCAUGGAAGUUUGGUUUUUGCUUUUAAGAAAAGAUGUACCAGUAUUGGAGGUGGUUCAUUCCUGGGAUGAAGGGACUGAAUUGACACAAUGGCUAAACAAAUGAAUCCUUUUUUCAUUAGCAUUAAGAGAAUGAAGAGUGAUCUUGUUAUAACAUGCAAGAUUCUGAGGGGGGAUUACAGGAUAGAUGUUGAAAUUUUUCUACUCUUGUGGGUAAUGUUUGUGAUAUAGUUUUAAAUGAGUGUCUCUUUUAUGCUGUAGCUGAAGUGGUGAAGAAUUUCAUGGAGUGUAAUGAAUGUCUAGAGUGCUUUACUGCCGAGAUUUGUGGGUUAUAUCAUAACAUCUGAGAAACGUCAGGGAGUUGGGAGUUAUGAGGAGCUGCUGUGGAAGAGGAGUUGAGGCCUUGGGCAAAUCAGCCCUAAUCUUUAUAGGAUGGUAAGGUACGUUUAAGAAUGAUCUAUCUUGCUUCUGACAAACAGGCCAACUGGCACAAUUUUCUGUUAUUUCACUUGAGCAGGAGCGUCAUAUUAACAGUUUUCCAUUUGCCUGGAGACUCCCUGGAAUCCAGUGAGUUCUAGAAUACUUUAGCAAAUGCCUCCGAUAUUUCUGCAGCCACUUCCUUGAAUGCAGGCCAUCAGGUCCUGGCAACUUGCCUGUUUUUAAUCCCACUAGUUUUCUAAAUACUUUGCCAUUUGUGUUAGAGGCACAAAGUUGGAAACAAAAAGUUUCCUCCCAUUAGCACAUUGGUGUGUUUGAGAGUCUACCGCCAUUCAUACCAUUGCAAAAUACUGGUUUAAAUUAUCUGCUGUUUUGCUGUUUUCCUGUUUCCCCUGCUAUCAAUUCCCCAGUCACAUCUUCCAAGGGUCCAGCACUCAUUUUAGCUAUUUAUUUUGCUGUUUAUUUUUACAUUUCCUGCCAAUUUACUUUUGUAAUCAAUUUCUCCCUCUUUAACACCAUUUUAAUCAUUCACUGCUGGUUCCUAACAAAUUCCCAAUCCUCUGGCUUGCCAGUAGUUUCCAUCACUUUGUAUGCCUUUGUUUUUAAUUGAUUAUUCUCCUUAAACACCUUUUGUUAACCACAGAUGGUUCAUCCCCCUCAUCCUUCUUGACAAUUUUUGCUGACCGUGAAACAUUUGCUGAAACAUCUGCCACUGUUAUUCCACUGACCUCCCCCUUGGUCUAAUUUCGGAGUUGCCUUCAGGCAACUCUUACUUCACAUGUCUGUAACUGUGCAUAUUUAACUUGACGUCGCUUUGGGCGGCACGGUGGCUCAGUGGUUAGCACUGCAGCCUCACAGCGCCAGGUACCCAGGUUCGAUUCCAGCCUCGGGUAACUGACUGUGCGGAGUUUGCACAUUCUCCCUGUCUGCGUGGGUUUCUUCCGGGUGCACCGUUUUCCUCCCACAGUCCAAAGAAGUGCAGGCUGGGUGGAUCAGCCAUGCUAAAUUGCCCGUAGUGUUCAGGGGUACAUGGGUUAUAGGGGGAUGUGUCUGGGUGGGAUGCUGCAAGGGGUGGUGUGGACUUAUUGGGCCGAAGGGCCUGUUUCUACACUGUAGGGAAUCUAAUUUUAAUUAAAUCCUAUCGCUCACAUUUUACUAGAUCUAAAAUGGCCUGUACUAAAAGUACUACUGUUUUUGAAAAAAAAAUCUUUGGUAUACAUUAUAAAUUAAUCUUCCAGGUUACCCUUGCCCAUCUGAUUUAUCCAGUCAAUAUGCAGAUUAAAUCACCCAAGAUUUCCUGUUCUCUAUGCAGUGAGUCAACUACAAGGAUCUAUACACAACCUCCAAGUGUGACUUUUCACUUGCCACUCCUUUAUUAACAAAGCUACCCCAUCUCCUUUCCCAUUUGGUCUAUUCCAUAAAAUUAUAAGAUAUGGGACCAGGACUAGGUUGUUUGACCGUUUAAGCCUGCUCCACCAUUCAUUCAGAUCACGGCUGAUCCCACAUUCAUCCCACGUUUAAUGGUGUGUGUAGCAUAUGUUUGACCCAUGUCAGUUCCAUUCUGACAGAAGGGGACCUGUAUGGAGCACAGAGCAUUACAGCGAAGUACAGGCCCUUCGGCCCUCGAUGUUGUGCUGACCUGUGAAACCAAUCUGAAGCCCAUCUAACUGACACUAUUCCAUUAUCAUCCAUAUGUUUAUCCAAUGACUAUUUAAAUGCCCUUAAACUUGGCGAGUCUACUACUGUUGCAGGCAGCGCAUUCCACAUCCUUACUACUGAGUAAAGAACCUACCUCUGACUUCUGUCCUACAUCUAUCACCCCUCAGUUUAAAGCUAUGUCCCCUCGUGCUAGCCAUCACCAUCUGAGGGAAAAGGCUCUUACUGUCCACCAUAAACACAAGCAGACAACUGGUGGGCUAAACAGGCUAUUCCUGUGCUGCAAAUCUGCCCCAAUUAGCCAGAGAUGACAAAAAUCUGCAACCCCACACCCCAUGAUAAAAUUCUGAAUAAUGUGGUCUCAAGUUCAAUCCAACAGUUUACUGAUCAUUUACCCACUGAACAGACUUGCAGAGGCUGGCUGUCAGAGUAACACUGGUUUAUAGUUGAGGAAUUUGGUCAACUUAAAGCAUUUGUUAUUAAUUAGAGUGCAUCUUUAACCUCUAGUAUUUUAUGGCAAGCUUGCCUUUUAUUGUAUAUUCUCCCCUACUAUUUACACUCCUCUAAUCUAAACCUUGCAGCUUUUUAGAUAUCUCCUUCUGGAUUGUUUUGUGUGUAUAUCUUUUAUAAAUAGGACAGUUUUGUGCUUCAUGUCCCAUCACUUGAAUCCAUUCUGCUAGCUGAUGUACAAUUGGCUGUUCUUGUUACGCUCCUGUUCACUGUCUGUGGUUUAGGGGCAUCCUUCAUUAAUUACACAAGGCACUUGGACACUCCUGACAACCAGAAGUUUUCUGUAAUGCUGUUGUUUCCUGAGCUUUCAAUUAUGGCAAUUAAGUGGAGCAUACAAUAAGUAUUGUGAAAGAGGAUGUUAUGUUUCAUCACCUUAAAGAAAUGGUACGUUACAAAAAAUGUGCCUUUCCUUUUGGAUUUUGUCAGAAGUUAAUGACCAUUUUACCCAUAUUUUAAUAGCAUAACACCACAAAUUAACUGGGUCAAUAACAUGAGUGUUUCUGUUUGCUUCAAUGAAUAUCAAGUGAAACUAAACGUCAUGUCACCAUUAAUUCUAUGUGCUUGUGUGUACUUGUCUAAAUCUGGGGCUUAAAGGACUGGCCACAUUAGCUGCCAGAUGCAUUUUAUUCUCCUCUCAGGAUAAAUAUUAUUUUACAUUAUACUUUGACUUUUAUUUAAAAUGUGACUUGGAACUGCCUUGAUGGAACUUGGACCCCUCACAGCUUAGUGGUCUGUACAGAUCUCGGCCUGUUUUCUUUGUAGGGGUUACUGCAAUGAAAUGGAAAUGACUAUACUGUCACCACAAUGGGCACCAUCCAAUGUUACACAACAUUGCACUGUUCACCACUAACAUGCAGGCUGCAUGGAGUGGUUUGUCAUCUCUCCAACUGAGCAUAAAUAAUAACUGGUUUGUAAAACCCCAGUCAAACCAACAUAUUGCUUAAGGAAAGAAAUGUCAGUAAGGGGACCAAAGAGUCAUUUAGCACAAAAACAGACCCUUGGGUCCAAUUCAUCUGCACUGACGAGGUUUCUCAAAUAACUAGUGUGUUUGACCCAUAUCCCUCCUAAGCCUUUCCUAUUCAUGUACCUGGCCAAAUAGCUUUGAAAUGUUGUAACUGUUCCACAUGUGAAUCACUGUGUGACAAUGUUGCCUCUCAGGUUCCUUUUUUAAAUCUUUCUCCUCUAACCUUAAAAAUAUGCCCCAUAGUUUUGAAUUCACUCACUCUAGGGAAAGGACCUUUGUUAACCUUAUCGCUGCCUGUCACGAUGAUAUAAACCUCUGGUGCAUUGAUUUUAUUUGACUGACCUUGAGCAGCUGGAGUCACACCAGCAUUUUCCAUUUCUCAAGUGAUAGGCACAGCAUCUGUUGUGUCAAAACUUGUUGUCCUGGAUUGAUUUCCAUAUCGCUAGCUGGUUGCAGCACUGACUACACAAGCUAAAUGUAAAUAAGGGAAAUGUACCAGCAGUUAAUGUAGUUCCCCUCAUCCAGACCUGGAGUAGAGAAGCCUUUUCCCUCAUGUAAUUCACCACCAAGCUUAAUAACCAGUUACUUCCAGCAAACUGUCAGUGAUUGGGGCUGAGCUGAUUAAUCUCAAUGAUACAAGUCUGUUCCAUGCAAAAUGUUGGGCUUUUCUGAAAACGUCUGUUUUCUUCCAUAUUUUUAUUGUUCUGUUGAGUUAUCUUCUGAUAUUCCUCCAGCUUGUGUGAACAGGUUGUGACUGUAUGUUUCCAAACAGGAGGCUAAAAUGACUUACUUCUCUAUAAAUGAGGGAAAAUAUUUGAUUAGUGCACCCUGAUGUGUUGCAAAGCGUGUUUGAGAAUCCAGUGCAAAUUACAAAUUUCUACCCUCUCCCAGAUUAAGUGCCUCAAACUUCUGUUUGAGUGGGGGUUGCUGAUGCAUUAUUCUCUAUGCACCUUGCUAAAAAUCAAGACUGUGCUUACACAGUCAUUUUGUAUAAUUGCAAAAAUCAUUUUAUUCUACUAAUCAUUCUCAAUAGGAUUUGUGUUUACUGACUCUUUAAGUAAGAAAACAGUUUGCCAUAUGUAAGUUUUAAUAAACUGGAGGAAAGUCUCCAGCUGUGUACAAAUGUUUUCUAAAGGAAAAUACUUCCCAUGUAUUUGCUCUGGCCAGUGAGAGGUGGUCUGCAGCCAAAAUAAUCCACAACUCUUCUGUUGUGCCUUAUCGCCCAUCUCUAUCUCAGCCUGACUGCUGCUGAAAUCCUCAUACUGAUUUGUUAAGUAUAGACUGGACUCUUGCAACAUUCCCCUAGCCAGCCUUGUAUUUUAUACCGUCUGUAAAAUUUAGCUUCCCGUAUCACUUCCAAUCAUUUUUCACUCCCCUACGUACAGACCUACAUUAUCAGAAGCCUAGAUUUUAACUUCAUUUUGCUGUUAAAAUGCCUCCCUGUCCCUGUAACCUUCUACAAUCCUCCAGAAUCUCUGUGCUUAACCCACUCUGGUCCUUUAAGUCCGAUGCCCUUUGCCUUCGACCUGUGGCCACUGCCUUCAGCCAUUCAGAGCCUAACCUCUAUCAUUCCCUUCCUAAAUUUUUCUCUUCAUGUGCUGUUCUGAGGUAGGCUUCAAACAAGGUUUUGUUCACCCUUCUGAGUUUCUCACUAGUUAUUGACUGAUGACAGCAGCAGCAGCUUCAACUGCCAAAGGGGCAAUACUCCAAGAGCUUGUGAUUUCCAAUAAAUCUAUUGGACUUGUCCACUCCAGUUCAACACCAUCACCUCCAGAUCAGAAGCAGCUUUAGCCGAUUUACUAUGUUAAGAAUGCUGUAUAAUACUAGCUGUUGUUGCUGAGAUCUUAACAGUCUACUUAGUCAUAUGUGAAAACUAGCAAAUUACACUCUACCACUGUAAGGAAUGAUCAAGACGUACCUGUCUUGCAGAUAAUAACACUAGUGUUUUGCAUUGGUAAUUUCAUUAAAUAAUGCUCUUCAUUUACUACAGUAUGCUUGAUUCUGUUGUAUUUAGAAACUAUUUCAAUGAUAAUUUAAAAAGAAACUUAUUAAUAGAAGCCAUGUAUGAGUCCCACAUUCUACAAUGAUAGCUCAGAAAGUGAACAGUAGUGAACGGAUCUGGAACGGAGUGAAGGAAAGCUGGAUCUGACUGUCAAUGAUGGCGAGGGGUUUGGUUGUGAUGGGCUGUUCCAGAAGAUCACACCUGCAAGACAGUAGAAAUAACUCUUAAUCUUCUGUUCGCAGACAGCAAGAGGAGCUCAUGGAGAAAGUAGCAUUAA